CUCCUCCUGAGGUUUCUGCUUCAGUUCAUGAUCCAAAACAAACCAAAAGGAAACAGCAGCAGUAAAGAACGCAAAAAUAUUCAUUUAUUUAUUUUAUUUAAUUUGAAAACUUGGAAAAAUGGCAAAUGAUUCUCCGUCAGCUCUGGAUAAAAUUGAUUUCUGUUCUCUCAAGGACCCUGCAGGGAUCUUCGACCUAGUGCAGAUGGUGGGAAGCGGCUCAUAUGGUCAAGUGUUUAAGGGUGCGCAUAAGAAAUCAGGACAGCCUGUUGCCAUUAAAGUCAUUAAUGCAAAGGGGGCAGCUCAGGAGGAGCUGAAGUCCGAGAUAAACCUGCUGAAGACCCAGUCUCACCAUCGCAAUAUCGCCACGUAUUACGGUGCUUUCAUCAAGAAAGACACGCCCCUCAUGGGGGACCAGCUGUGGUUGGUGAUGGAGUUCUGCGGUGGUGGUUCUGUUGCUGAUCUGAUCGAGAGUAAGAGAAAAAAGCUCCUCAGUCAGGACUGGACGGCCUACAUCAGUGGAGAAAUCCUCAAAGGUCUGGCUCACCUCCACAAAUACAACAUCAUCCACCGGGACAUUAAAGGGCAGAACGUGCUGCUGACCACCAGCGCAGAGGUCAAACUGGUGGACUUUGGCGUGAGUGCGCAGUCAGACAGCACCGUGUGUAAGCAGAACACAGUUAUUGGGACUCCGUACUGGAUGGCGCCGGAGGUCAUCAACUGCCAAAAUAAUUCUGAUAGUGCCUACGACUGUAAGAGUGAUGUGUGGUCAUUGGGUAUCACAGCCAUCGAGAUGGCAGAAGGAAAACCACCUCUGACUGGUGUGAAUCCCAUGAAGGCCAUGAUGAUGAUUGCUCUAAAUGAAGCUCCGACGCUAAACCCAACUGUUGCUAAAUGGUCACAGAAUUUCCAGUCAUUUAUCAAGAGCUGCCUGAAAAAGGAUCACACACAGCGUCUGAGCGCUUGUGAGCUGCUGAAACACGACUUCAUCGCCAAGAUACAAAUACAAAUCCGCGCCAUCCGCCAUGAGAUUGUAGCUCAUUUAAACAAGGCAAAACAAAAGGAAAGUCAAGCUGAAGAACUAAAAGAAGCUCAGCGCCUGAAAACAGAAAGCGCUGUGGCCAAGUCGAAUCCCAAGGACCAGGUUUCAGUGUCACGGAUGUCUCGUCAGGACGAAAAAGAGCUCAAAUUCAAACUGGCAGAGCUGUAUGUAAAGGGAAAGGAGAGGGAACAAGAACACAAGAAAUACCAAGAUGCCAAUUCUGAAAUGCAGCAACGACACAAAAUACAACAACAGCAGAAGCAACAGUUCAGCCCUGGACUGUCUUAUCAUCAGGACCUGAUCAUCAGUGAAAACUUAGCUGCAGACAAACUGAACUUUCACAACAACCAUCUCCAUGCUCAAAAGAUUCCUCUCCCAUCGCCCAACCUGCAGAGGAAGCCUGCUCAAGUCGCUCAUCAUUCAAAAGCAAAAGUCAAUCGCAGCUCUUCUGCUGCAGCUCAGCUUCAGGCGCAAUGCUGCAGAUCACCAACAAGCCCAAUUCCAGUCCCUCAGAUCUGCAUCUCACCACAGAAUGAAUCUGACGUAAGACUGAAACACCACAAUCCACAAUUGGCAAAGUUUGACUCGAUGAAUUCUAAUACAUGGAAUGCUAAUUUGGGUAAUCGGUACAAACGUCGCUCGGCCUCACCCUCACCCUGCCGGAGAGGAGAACAACGCAAACAGGAUGAUGAAAAUGGGAACAACCUGCAACACAAUCGUCUGAAACUAUCUGUGAGUCAGGAGUGCUUGGUGUACCCUAGGCAGAUGGAUUUAUCCUCAUCUGCUCCUGAGCACUCACUUCGAAACGUGAUGGAAUAUCAACAACGGCCCCGCAAGUAUUCUGAACCCCACGGAAACCGCCUCCUUGUUCCUGGGCCUCAGUUCCUGCCAUCCAUGUCCUGUUUGGAAGAAAAGGAAAACAAUAAAAGAGACAAGUUGGGUUCUUCACAGAAUGGUCUCUCAAGCUUGUAUGUGGAAGAUGAUCUCAGGUGUUUGAACAUGAACAGACAGAAUACCCCCCACACAAAACCCACAUGUGGACAAGACAUGAUGUGCAUUACGUCUGAUCUGCCACAGAAAAGCAAAGCUGGUAUUUUUAGUUCAAUUAUUAAAGGCCUGGGCCUUUCUCCUCGUGUAUCACCAUCCCAUAGUCCAGCUUCCUCAAGAUCUGCCUCUCCAAACAGCUCUAAACGUUCCAGCCCCUGCAGCUCACCCUUUAAUCAGUCUGUAGGAUUACCUGUUGACGUUUUUAAGCAUUUUCAGUCCCCUAAUGAUCUGUGUAAAUAACUUGCUCUGGACUACAGUGACAUUGACUUGGGGAAGCCAGCCAUGGCCUAAAGGCUAGAGAAGCAGCUUUGCGACUAAAAGGUUGCUGGUUUGAUUCCCUAGACCAGCAGGAAUGGCUGAAGUGCCCUUGAGUAAGGCAUGUAACCCCCUACUGCUCCCCGGGCUGCUCUGGGUUUAUUGUACGUCGCUCUGGAGAAGAGCGUCUGCUCAAUACCAUUGGAUUUUUUUUAGUCGAUGGCAUCUUUUGUCUAAGAAAAGAAAAAAAAUAAAUAUUUUGUCAGUUUUUUACUCUGAUUGAUGUAGAUAGUUUCAUACAUUUUUUUCAUACUGAAGUGACUCCCAGAAUGCUGACAUCAUUGCUAACACUUCUUAGCAUCACUCCAGCCGUAUGCUAAGGUUACUAACCUUCUUUCUUUUGUUAUUCAUACUGUUAUCAUAUAUCUAUACUUUUAUCAAGAACAUGUUAUUAUAACGCUGGACAAUCUGUUUUGUAUUUUUAAUGAAAUUAUUACUAUUUCUGAAGUAGGCAUACAAAUCAACCAGUUACAUCAGAACAAGAUUUGGGAUUAUUUUUGUUUAUUCUUACUUUUUUAGUACUAUUUUGAAGAUGACACUUUUUUUCCCUACGAAAAAUAACUAUCAGGGUGAGUGAUAUGUACAAUUCAUUAUGUACUGAUUAUUUUUAGCUUUAGAUUUUUCACCUUUGUGCUAUGCUUUAAAAAAAUUACUUACUGAAUAUUUAUUUUCACAACGAUAUUGUAACUGUAUUAUUGACAGUUGUAUUAUGCUGAACUUAAACAUGAAUAAAACAUUCAUUUAGUAAAAUAUAA